UCACAGUUCCUGAUAGCCGCACAUCGUCAGUCAGUGGCCGGAACUGUAAAACCGUCUCAGCCCACUCCGCGCGCGGGCAGAUUUACAGUGCACUUCAGCUGCACGAGACAAACAGCAGCAAUUAUCUCGCGGGAAAGAUCGCGCGACACCAAACAUACGGCAAAUCAGCAUCGCGAGCUCUGAGAACAAACAAGCUGAGAUUUCAUAGUCCACAGUAAUUUGUCGCACAAAGAGAAGGAGGAAUAGAGAAGACACUAACAUCUCCAGUAGGCUAUAUACAUGAAGCUUGAGGUGCAUUGUGUUAUGGAGCUGCGAAGGUUUUCAUGUUGCGGUUGAGGACCUUUAAAGGAACAGCGUUUUACACGGCACCUCAUUUUACGGACCACUCUUCGAUGCAGAACUAGUUAAUUUCUUCAAACGAAGGCGGAUUUGAAAACUAUUGAAAAAGACUUGUGGUUACCUCAACAAGUUUUUCCUGUUCUAAAUUACUAUACUGUGCUUUCGGAGCUUCUCCUUUUCCUUACAUUUAAGGGACUGUCUAUGAAAAGUCGCUCAGGAUGUUGACAACUUCACUAAAACGGAUAUGAAAUAAGGAACUCUUUGAUUUUUACAAAGAAAUCGCUUCAUCUUAAUCGAGUGAGAUUGUUAAUACGCCACAUUUAUUGUUUUACCACCCAUUCGCUUCAUGUUUAAGCCGUUGUGGGACGCCUAAAGUCGAGGAACAAAACGACGAAAGUCACUUACGCGGAUUCCGUAACAGUUCGGUUAAAACUCGUUUAUAAAGCUCGUGCCCGUCUCGUUCGAGCAUCGUCACUUCUGCAGAUGUGCUCUGGUUCAGUUCUAACCAUCGUGUAGGGUGUUGAUGGAGAGCCUUUCGAAUGACAGCCGGGACAGUGGUAAUCACAGGUGGAAUUCUAGCUACAGUAAUCUUACUGUGCAUUAUCGCUGUACUGUGUUACUGUAGGCUGCAGUACUAUUGCUGUAAGAAGGAGGAGUCGGAGUCAGAGGAGGAGGAGCCUGACUUCGCAGUCACGUCUCGUCUGCCGCCAGUGCAUUCAAAUCACAACAUCCUGGCGGCCACUGUCCCUACGGCAACCACCCCCAAUGGGCCUGCCCUCUUCACGCCCCCGCCAGCACGAAAACUGACACGCUCGCAGACGUACUGUCCGUCCUGUACGCAUUACGACCUGCCAUUUUACCUGCAGCAGCCAGACGGCCUGCGAAAUGGUGGUGAACGCAUUAGCUACCGUAGCGUGCAUCAGCAGGAUUUGGGGCUGCCCGCCCCGCUGCCCACUCCGCUGCCUGCCCCAUUGCCCACCCAGCUGCCGACGCCGCUACCCAACUACCACAAACUAAACCUCAGCCGCUCAGUCACCAUGAGGGAGAUGUUCACACGAAGCUGCAGCAUUAGCACUGACGUGUAAGCAGCCAUCCGAACGGUUUAUGCUAGAUGCUAACGGCUAACUGCGUCAACGCAGGCAACAGACUCAGUUCUCAUUGAAAAACAUAAUUCAGCAUUCAAGCUCUAGAUCUUGCCUGCAUAAAAACAAUGUCCUCUGGAAAACUCCCAGAGUGCCGAGCUUUCAGGAAGACAGCCCAGUGUGUUUGUGCGUAACUGGGAACUAUAAAGGCAGAAAUGGGGUGAGAGCAGAGAUUCAGAGCUCCUUGCCCUCCCUCAACCCCUCUGCUUCACUCCUGAAUCCCUUGUUUUGUGUUUUCAGUAAUUGAAAAGAAGAUUCAGAAAAUAAAGACACAAUGGGACACCUGUUUUUAUGCUUUCCUUGCAUUUGUCUGAAAAAACCCGCAACAAUACACAGAAAUGCUGACGUCUUGAAUUUUUCAAUAUACAGUCUGAAUUUAAACUUUUUGUAUUGUUCAUUCAUGUAGCUUGAGACGUUUUAGCUGAAUAUUAACUGAUAUAGCCGCGGACUUUGUUUUAACAAACCAACACAUACAGGACAACUUACGAAAAGCCCUAAGCGGGCUGCAAUAAAACUGCUAGAUCAAAAUGUGACGUCAGCAGAAAACAACAUGAUGUAGGCGUUUGAUUAUGAGGUGACGUAUGGGAUGAGAGGCAUUAUUUUUUACUGACAAAAGUUAUUGAGUUACUGUGUGCGAUUCUAAAUAUUAAUAGAUGUUUUCACAAUUACGAAUUAUUUCUUCUGUUUUAGAUGUUUAAAUGAUUUGUUCUUCUUCGCAUUUCUUCUUUCUGAAAAGGUACAGAUUUUUGUUGUCAUGAUUUCCAUAGAUUUUUUUUUUUUUUUUUAAUCUGGAUGUGAGACGGAUACAAAGGCAGAUUUGAUUUCAUGGGCUACAUUUGCUCUUUCUAAACGCUGCUUGUUGGACUAUGAACAGAACAUCUUCUGCCAGAAGGUUUUUCUCUCUCUCUACUGUUCUUGCUUACAGAGUCAAUUAGCCUAUUUCCUACGCUGUUGAUGUGAAAACAAGUGGGGCGUUGCACCGACUUUCUUCUUUUUAAUAAUGACAGUGAUUAUCAAGAAUAUUUGUUCUGUUUCUAGUUUUGAAAGUGAUAUUCUUCUCUCUCUGGGUGUGUAGCCACACACUACAGUCCUGCAGGUGACUUUGACUUCUGUAAUCACCAUGUGCUUGUGUUGUGAUUUCAAUUCUCUCUCCUAGCUCUUCUUUCACUCAUUGGGACCCUUUUUAAUCUCACACUGUCUCUCUCAUGUGCGCACAUACACGUUUCAGUGCCUGUUAAUACCAACUGUAUUAUUAUUAUUAUUAUUAUUAUUAUUAUUAUUUCUUAAUUGUUUUUGCAUCACUACUUUAUCACAGUAUUUUUGUUUCAGACAGGUAAAUAAUAUUGUUUCAUGUUCUGAAGUGAUGCCGAAAUGUUCCUGUAAUUGAUAAUAGAUAUAAUUAAGAAUAAUGUGGAUAAUAAAUUGGUUGAAAACUU